AUGAAAAGCCUGCCUCCUCCUUCAUUGACCUGGACAGGACCUGCAACUCGGCUGGAAGUGUACGUUUCACCCCACGUCUCCCUGUCUGCUCCUGCCACUGAGGCUGCUCUGAACUCAACCUUGGUGAUCUGUUUGGUGAGCGACUUCUACCCAGAGGCUCUUCAUGUUACGCUGAACACCACGUGUGGGGGACGCACGAUGCUGGAUCACAACACAUCAUCCAUAACGGUGGCCCCCAGCGGGACUUUCGCCGGGACCUACAGAGCACUGGUGGAUACCGUGGGCUGUCCCAACGGGACGGAGGUUUCCUGCUCGGUUAGGCAGUUUGCAGCAGAGACACGCAGCACGAUCUGGGUCCCCGGGAUGAGAAAUGAAGCUCCAACACAGCAGCUGCCUGCCUAUUUUCUGCUGAUACCCAUCACUGCAGCUGUUCUGGUUCUUGGACUUAUUUUCUUCUUAGUCCUCUUCAAGAUGUAUAAGGUGUGGUGUGGAAACAAGAGGGAGACGGGAUCGGCAGCAGCCCCAGGCCACAGAAGAUGCACACAAGAGCAAGCCGCCGGGUCCGAGCUCAGCCAGGAGCCGGGGGUCUAUCCUGACAUUGCCUACGCAGACCUCUACUUCGGUAGCCAAAGGACACAGACAAGACGACCCCCAGCAGCUCACGAACGUGCAGAAUACGGCACCGUUUCCACCCGCUGAGUCCUGCCGGGGAAGGACACCAGCAUGCCGGGGGCACCUGACUGGGAGACCCAGCACACUGCCUGGGCUCCCCUGCUUCUCGCAAACCUGCAGCCCCCCCAUUUCUGACCCCGGGGUCUCCAGGUCGCACUGUUGGGAGGCAGGUUUCUCACUGGGGCCUUGCCUCAAUUA